GCACGUCGCCAUUUAACAAUUUGGUAAACCUCCGUGAAGUAUCACUUUUGCUGGAAAGCCGUAGUCAGUCAUGUCUGCAGAAAUUGCCGCAGCGUUCACGUGCCAAUAUAACGCAACGAACUAUUUGUUGGAGGUGCUUUUAUUGAGCAUUUGUCUUACCAAUUGUAACGUACCUCAGCCGGGAAAUGUGCCGAUUAUUAGUCAGGAAGAUCUACCGCGUCCAGAAACGACGAUUCCUCAAGGAACACUCCGAGGUAUAAAUAUGGUCACACGCCGCGGGAGAAGUUUUUUUGGCUUCAAAGGAAUUCCAUUUGCUCAGCCCCCCGUUGGAGAUCUCAGGUUCAAAUCACCUUUACCAGCAAGAUCUUGGAAUGGGACUUUGGACGCUGGCAGUAAUCCUACUCCAUGUACACAGCUGGUCAACGGAAGGAUAGUUGGAGGAGAAGACUGUCUGUAUCUGAACAUUUAUACGCCACAGCUUCCGAAAUACGAAAACGCUACGUUACUGCCAGUAAUGGUGUACAUCUUUGGUGGACGAUACAAAGUAGGAAUUAAUCACCCUGAGCGAUGGGGUCCACAGUUUCUUCUUGACAAAGAUGUGGUGUUGCUAGUUCCUAGUUACCGUCUUGGAGUACUGGGAUUCUUUAGCACCACGGAUGAAGCUUCACCCGGAAACUAUUGCCUAAAGGACAUAGUCCUGGCCUUGCAAUGGAUCCAAAAGAAUAUUCAAUACUUCGGUGGUGAUCCUAAGCAAGUCACUAUAUUUGGGGGAAGUUCAGGCGCUGUCACCAUCCAUUAUUUGACGUUAUCGCCCUUGACGCAAGGACUAUUUCACAGAUACAUAACUCAGAGUGGGUCAGCACUCCAGCCUAUCGUCCUCCAGGACCGUUCAUUAACCGCUGAAAGAGCCAUUCAUCUUGGCGAAAUUCUUGGUUGCCCGACAAAGACGUCAACAGCCAUUGUCGACUGUCUUAGAAAAUUUGAGGCAACGUAUCUCACUGUCGCAGACUCAGUUUCCUUCAGAGGUGGAUACACUUGGAUUCCAAUCGCUGAACCAGAUCUCCCAGGCGCAAUGUUCACCGACACUGCGACGAAUCUCGUUGCCGCAGGGAAAAUUCGCGAUCUUCCCUAUUUGGUCAGCGUUUGCCGGGACGAAGGACUUGUUCAAAGCGCAAAGUUUUUCAACGACCUAAAUGGAUUCCGGAAAUUUCUGGAUGAUAUUGAUUUUCAUUUACCAUUGCUUUUGCGUUACGAGCAUUUACCGCAAAUCAACAUAACUGCACGUACCAAAGCGUUGAAGUCAUACUAUCUCAACGAUCUGAAUGCUGAUAUACGAUUGCUCUUGGGUAACUGGACACAACUUGUAGGCGACGCCAUGUUUACCUACCCUGCUUGGGCCUCGGUACAGCAACAUGUGAUCCACGCAAAAAAUCCCCUAUAUUUCUGCUCUUUUGACUACCGGGGCACCGUCAGCUACAGCUACAUGUUCAGCGGCGGUAACGAAGAUGAUUGGGGCGUGGCACAUGCUGAUGAGCUUCUAUAUCUCCUUCCUGGACAGCCGGAAAUGUUUGGACCACCAGGUUACGAAUUCAGCGAUACUGAUUGGCACAUGGUAGACACGAUGGUGCAAUUAUGGACAUCUUUCGCGACCAAAGGAGUUCCAGAACUGAAUACGGGCAACACAAUUUGGAAGCCAUACUCACCGUCCGAAGAUAAUUACCUUCAGAUUGGGAAUGGACCUGAUGCUAGUAUUGAAGUGAAAAGUGGUUUUCACGUGGAGCGAAUGAAGUUUUGGAAAAAGCUCUCUGCCACCACAUAAUUGAUUUUCUUACUGUUGAAUAUAUUCAAUAGAAGUAAAUACGAAUAAUACCGCGAAAAGAAAAGUUAGAUAUAAGUAGGUUGGCGCCUCUGCCGCCACCCAACCCUACUACUUACCUUUUUUUUUCGUCGAACAAGUAUAGUAAUAAGCAAGCAUUGUAUUGUAUCACAUAAGGUUUGUUAUUCAAUAAAUAUCCAAGU